AUGGCCGCCAGCAGGAAUACUUUUGGAAUUUUCUCGUCGCGAAUUUGUCAAUUUUAUAGAGAAUCUCAUGGACUGAGAGUUCCCGUAUGUAACCUCUCAACAAGUCAAGUUUGUCACAAGAAGACACCUCAUACAGUUGGUGUCCCUGCUUGGGCCAAAGCUGGAUUAAGAAGAAAGAAAGUUUUAUUGGAAAUGAAGAAACCAAAAUCGGAGAAACAGAUCCAAGCAGAAUUUAACCUGGAAAAUGACCCAACAGAACUUAACUUGUAUACCACGACUAGGAAGGGUCCUCUCCCAGAAUACACAGCGGACUCAGAGAGUCGAAUAGAAAAAGCCAAGAUAACAAUGUCAGCUGACAAGACAAUGUUUGUUUGCUACCACCCAGCCAAGCCAUUUCCUCUACAGUUUUCUAAGGACAUCGGUUAUCAUGUAUGGUGGCACCAGGAUACCGAUUACACUGAAAACUAUCGAGAUCAUUUGACAAAGGAAGAGGUCGUAGAGGUGAAAAAGCUCCGCGGAGAAGAUCCCAAGGUUUGGACUGUCAUUGCUCUGAGUCGAAUGUUGGAAGUGAAACCUCUGGCAAUACUGUUAGCUGCUACUCUAACGGAUGAACAGAAGUUUGAACUUGAAGUGGAACGAAAGCUUUUAAACGAAUGGAGCGUUUCAAAACGUAAAAUAUACCGAGCUAACCAGGAAUUGGAAAGACUGCGUUACUAUCAGGAAACUAGAGGGAACUCUCCUGAAAAUGAAGGAAAGAACGUCAAGAGCGAAUCCGAUGAGGUUUCUUCUGCAAAAAUAGCUCAAAGUGGAACUUGAGAAUAAGCGACGUAAAACAUGCCGUCAAAAUGAUACUCCUCUCGAAUCAUGUCAGAGUAACAAUGUGUGAAACGUUUUUUAUCAGAACAAUGGUUUAUUUUUAUGUGGCUGAAGAGAGAAGAUUUACAUCCGCGCUCUUCAACUGAAGUAAUGACAAAAGAAAUUGUUUUUAAAUUAUUUCCUCGACGAGUGGACUAUUUUUGACGAUAUCUGACGUACAUUUUGACCUACUUCACUUCAACCAUAUUCCAUCAAAAAUAAACCAUUAUUUUUAAAAAUCG